CUUUUUUCUUCAGACGAAAACAAACAGCCAACGGAGCUGUUAGCGUAGCCUAGCUUAGCUGUUAGCCGCGCAGCGAAGGCGGACUCUGUGACUUCGUAACGCUCGCGCGUCUGAAUGUGCGCAGAUAUAACGACUCAACGCGUUUUCUAGUCUUAGACUUUAACCGUUUAUGUAACAACCAUCUUCCUCCUCCCCUGCUCAACGCUCACUGCUCAGCAGACACACAGCACCAUGUCCGACGCCGCUAACGCUGCUAACGCUGCUAGCGCUGCUACCAGCGGAGACUCCGGACUCAACGGAUCCUGGGUGGAGCUGGAGAUGAACAGAGGUGGACCAGGCUCGGUCCACUCGUCCACCACAGGAGGACCGGGCUCGGGUCUGCUGCCCCUGCCUCAAGUGGAGGAAGAGGAGGCCAUGGUGGGUGGGCUCGAGCACGUCCCGUCCUCGUCCUCCAUCCACAACGGAGACAUGGAGAAGAUCCUGUUGGACGCCCAGCACGAGUCGAGCCGCAGCAACUCGUCCUGCGACAGUCCUCCACGGCCUCACAGUCCUCAGGACGAAGGACAGAUCAUCUUUGACGUGGACGUGAGCAGCAGAAGAGACAGCCAAUCAGAAGAGGACGUCUUGGACAAGGAGAGGGACAUGGACAUCCUGAUGAAGGACGCAGACUGGGUGGCUGAUUGGUCCAGUCGACCGGAAAACAUUCCCCCCAAGGAGUUUCACUUCAGACACCCUCGGCGCUCUGUGACGCUCAGCAUGAGGAAGACGGGCGCCAUGAAGAAAGGAGGCAUCUUCUCUGCAGAGUUCCUCAAAGUCUUCAUCCCCUCACUGCUGCUAUCACACAUCCUGGCUCUGGGACUGGGAGUCUACAUUGGAAAGAGGUUGACCACGCCCACAGCCAGUUCUUUCUGAACAGAAGUGCCUCAGACGUCGCCCCCGUGUGUUUGGAGGAAGCGUUUGCUGUCGUGACCAGAGAGCGAGCGUCCACGAGUCUCUCCUCCCUCUGCCCCGCCCACCCGCCUGCCUGACCCCGCCUCCCUCUCGCCACCGUCCCUGAGAUAUGACAUGUUCUCAGGAGACGCGCGUCCGUCUCCUCCCUCCCUCCUUCCCUCUCUGACAGUGAUUCCUCUCUCCUCGCCUCCUUCUCUCCUUUCUCGUUUCUAAAAGCUUUUCACUGAGUUGAUGAGGUCAUAUUUCAUUUUCCACAGCGAUUGUGUUUAAAUGUUUAUAAACAGGUGGGUUUGUAGGGAGUGUCCACACACACACGCGCGCACACACACACACACACACACACACAGAUUGUGCCACGAGUCCAAACUGAAAAUCUCGUCCUGCCUUUAUUUUGUAGAGAUCGUCUUCUUCAGGUAGUUUUGCCUUUUUCUUUCUGUCUUUUUUAAACGUUUGUCACUGAGUGUUGGUGUCGUGAGGAGUGACCACAGCGGCCAUUAUCAUUAUCUCAUUAUAUCAUCAGUGGUGGUUAUUCCACAGAACACACACACACUGAUUUAGUUCUUCUCUGAUUUUAAAUUCUGAUUCUGAUUCUGAUUUAGAUUCUGAAGCCAAAGUGAUAGGAAGCAGAGCGACGCUGUCGCUCACACUCUAACAGUAUUCUGCGUGUCCAUGCCCUUCAAAGUAAAGCGUCCUCUGUCUGAAACCCACCGCCCUUCUCUUCAUGAAUCCACUCGAUCAGUGUUUGUCAAAGGUCUGAAAAAUGAUUUCUUUGCAGGAAAUCUUCACGUUGACUCUGAACAUGAUUAUUCUGCUGAUUUAAAGACGUUUAAAAACAAAUCAUCACAUUGGCCAAAAUUUCAGAAUAAAAGUGACUAAGUUGACACACACACACACACGUUACCUGUGGGCUGAUGAUCACUGCUGAUUUAGAUUAUGAUUUGAUUUCAAUUCACCAGAAGCUGCAAAUGAUAUAAACUUUGAUUUUCUGGUGAAUCAUUCAAACAUAAGAAGUUUUCGUCAUUUGACUGACAGUGUAACGCUACAGCCUCGAGUUGCCGUCAGACAUUUCAGUGUAAUGAACACGUUGUCCAGCAGAGGGCGCUGUGAGCGCGGUGUCCUGCAAAAAAACUGUGUGUGGGUGAACAAAAUCUGCUGACUCGCACGUUAGCUUAGCUGUUAGCAUCACAGCGCACAGUCACGCAAGACUUCAGCGGCGAUGUCUCAAGUCUCGUGAGAUUUGUGCACCGGAAACGGGAAGUGGUGUAACUGAAACGAUCGAUGCGAGGACGUUAUGAGUCGAUAUCUGAGCGUUUAGUUACAAAUCCAUAUGAACUGGAAAAGCAACAUUUGUUUUAAGCCCAGCCCUGGUUACCUGGUUACCUGGUUACCUGGUGGUUGUUAUGAGUUUGACUCACAGUGAGGUAAAGUCACAGUGAUGAUGUCGGACAUGGGCGUGACUAUGGAUUAUUCUGGAUUUGCAGUUUUGUGCAGACGCUUCAGAAACGCUGUGUAAAUGUGAUCAGUUUCCUUCCUGUGAUCCACGAACACGGGGAUAAAGAAAUGGGACGCGGCCUUGGUCGCUUACAUUUUACAGUUUUUGUGCGACUCACUUGUUUGCGUUUGUUUGUUAGUUUUAUGAAGAUGGUGGAAGCACAGACGAGAGUCAUGUUAGUAAGAAGUGUAAAAUAAUAAUGAUAAUGAUAAUAAAAAAUGUUGAUGGAGGAGCAUGACGUGAAAGGAACUGAAGGUGUUGAAAGAACGAUGCUUUUGCUUUGAUUUUCUUUUUUUCUCCCUUCAUUCUGAUAAAAACUGAUUAAAAAACCUUUUUGUCAUUAAACAUAACCUGAAGAUA